CAUUGCCUACUUAUUAAAAGUACUACUUAUCUAUCGAAUGCGAAUGCCAGUUAGCUAGUUUGGUCAUUGAACUUGCUUGAUCUCUAGUACAUUCACGUGCAUCAACAAUUGAAAGUUACAAGAAAAAUGGGAAGGGAGAAACAUACUGCAUGUGAAAGUAAACAACACUUUAGCCACCCCCACAUCUUGAAACUUAUCAAUCCAGCUGAAAGUGCAACUCUCACUUGCAAUGCUUGUGAGAAAACAAACAUUACUAAUAAGCCUAAUUUCUAUGGCUGCAAUAGCUGCCAAUAUUUCCUUCAUGAAAACUGCCUCAACGUUCCUCGUUUUCUCGAUCAUUCAUCUCACCCUUCCCACCACUUGACCCUUCUCCCUCUUCCUACUUACUCGAGUCGUUCCUAUACUUGCGAUGCUUGUGGCUCUAAUGGCAAUGGGUUCAGCUUUAGCUGUGCCCGUUGCAACUUUGAUAUCCACAUGCACUGUGCCCUUUCGCCCCAAACUGCCGUCCUAUCCCAGCAUCAUCUUCAUGAACUUAAGCUCAUUUUUGAAUCCCCUUUUGAUGAUGAAAACACCGAUUUUGUCUGUGAUCUCUGUCAGGACAAGGUAGAUCUUAAUAACUGGUUGUAUUAUUGUGCUGAUUGUGAUUUUGGUGCACAUAUCAAAUGUGCAUCUCCUGAUCCAAGUCCAACAUCACAGCAACGUCGAAAUAAUGUAAAUGCAAAUUGGGCAGUGGAGAUGAUAAAUUCAGUUAGUGAUGAUCAUGAUCGGCUUGUAGCAGCUCAAAUUGAAUCUCAGAUUGCGGCACGAUCAAGACAGGCUAUGCUGGACUUAUGGUAUGGGCGUAGCGUAUUAUUCUACUUCAGCCAGCACCGCACCCUCUGGGGGCAAACCAUCAUGAUGCCUCAGCUCCACUUGCACGUAAGUGGAGACGAGGUAUAGUUCAUGGAAAUGAGGCGAGAAAUAUACUUGUCAUAAUUAGAGAUGUCUUGGAUAGCCUAACUAUUGAGCAGGUAAUUGAAAUUUUAAUACUAUUGAUUUUUCGUAUUGAUUAAACAAAUUUAGAAUGCAAGAAUG